AUGCUGAUCUGUGGACUAUUUUGGAUCAAUUGCUUACUUCAGAAUUGAAAAUACAAGAAAAACUUAGUCAAGGCCAUGAUUAUAGACAAUUCUGUUUUAGAAUUGAUGGUAAAUAUGAUUUAAAUAGUGAAAGUGCACCAGUAUUGUUUAUAGUUAUCAAAGAUCAGGCUGAAUAUGGUUCUUCAUUGGCUUUUGGUUUUAGUAAUAAAGAAAACCAUUAUACAAUAUGGUUAGCAGGAUUUAAGCGUAUACGUGAAUGUAUAUCAUAUUGGAAUCUGUUGGCUAUAAUGGAUAAGUAUCAGUUAACCAAACUUGCAUUACAAAAUCUUGUUCGUAGUACUAUUUUAUGUUGGUUUCAUAUAAUGUCAACUUUAGGAGAACAUUUACAACAAUGGAAAGUUGAUUGGAAUUUACGAUAUUCUAUAGCAUUGGCUUUCAAAAUUGUAGGCUGGAGUAAAUCUGAUAAUGAGGCAGCUGAAAUGGGAAAUGAAUAUAAGAAGUUUAUAUACUUUUUACCACUUGAUGACAAUGUCAAAAAUCUUUUGAUUCAUAAUUUGGAAAUGAAUUGGAUUUGCAAUGAAUAG